UUCUCCCCAUACCCUUAAAAAGCUGGCAACUUAAAGAUCCAGAGAUAGCUGCAUCUAAAAGCUAACUUUUGAUGAGAAAAAAAGUUUAGGUGCAAGAAGAUUGCUUCAUUUCACGAAGAAAAAACAUGGGAAGAGUUGUUAAUUGUCCUUCAACCAUGAAAAUUCUCUUUGGGUACAUAGUUCAUACAGUAUUGGUGCUCAUUUCCAUGGAACCAAACCAAGUUGAAGCUCGAGUAGAGCCAACUUAUCCACCACAUUAUGAAGUAAAAGCUCUUCGUGAGAUAGCGGCAGAACUUGGAAAGAAGGAUUGGAAUUUCAGUAAGAACCCUUGUAACAAUAAGUCAAUCUGGUUUACUCCACCGCCGCCGCCAAAUGUACCUCAGGCCAUUAACAACAGUACUGUCACCUGCAAUUGCUCCUUCCCCAAUGGUGAAUGCCAUAUUGAUGGCAUCUAUCUUUCAGGGCAGGAUCUUGAUGGUGUUUUUCCACGCUCACUUGUCAAGCUACCAUUUAUUAGAACUUUAGAACUCUAUCUCAACUACCUUAAGGGUUCAAUACCACAUGAAUGGGCUGCUCUGAAGUUGGAGACAGUGUCAGUUGCUAUGAAUCGCUUAUCGGGGUCGAUUCCAGGCUCUUUGGGAAACAUAACCACUCUAAAAUAUUUGAGCCUCGAGAACAACAUGUUUUCUGGAACUAUUCCUCCUGAGUUUGGGAAAUUGAUUAACCUGGAUAAUAGUACUCUUAAUGCUAACUAUCUCACCGGAAAGUUUCCCUCAUCCCUUGCUAAUCUGUCCAAUCUAAAAGAACUUAGGAUUAGCAGUAACAAUUUCGUUGGAAAGAUACCUAAAAUUUUUCAAAGUUGGAAGCAACUUGAGAAGUUAGAGAUUCAAGGUAGUGGUUUAGAAGGGCCAAUUCCUCCGAGCUUAACACUCUUGCAUAACUUAGUGGAACUAAGGAUCAGUGACUUACCUGGAGAGGGUUCAAAGUUUCCAAACUUAAAAAAUAUGAAAAACAUGUACAGAUUGAUAUUACGUAGCUGCAAUAUAACUGGACCAAUCCCAGAUUACAUAUGGGAAUAUUCACAACCGCAGAUUUUAGAUCUCAGUUUCAAUAAAUUGGAAGGAAAUAUUUCAGACUCUGAAAGCCUUACAAAAACGCAGUACAUGUACCUGACAGACAACUCGCUUAAUGGGAUCAUUCCAGGUUGGAUGAGUAUUAGAGAUAGCCGCUACCAGAUUGAUCUUUCUUAUAAUAAUUUUUCUGAAGACCCAGGGUCGCCUUCUUUUCGUGAAAAUCUAAAUUUGUUCGAAAGCUUCUCAGGAGGCAAAAACUUAGGAUUAGAUAACUGCCUGAAGAACUUUCCUUGUUCCAAAGAUUGGUAUUCAGUAAAUAUAAAUUGUGGUGGAGGAGCAACAACUAUUAAUGGCAUCGACUAUGAGGCAGAUGAAGACUUAGGAGGUCCAGCAAAAUAUUUUCCACUCAAAGAGACGUGGGAAACUAGUAGCACUGGGUUUUUCUGGGAUACCUCUGUUACUUCAAAGGACUUUGUAGCACAAAAUGUUUCCAUUCUCAGAACAAACAACUCAGAUUUAUACACAAGAGCGCGCCUCUCUCCUCUUUCUCUCACGAAUUAUUUUCGUUGCUUAGCAAAUGGAAACUAUACAGUUACACUUCACUUUGCAGAGAUAGUUAUCAGAGCCAAUAGAUCCUAUCAAAGUCUUGGUAGGAGGAUAUUUGAUGUUUAUGUACAGGAGAAACUGGAAUUGAAAGAUUUCAAUAUUAAAGAUGAGGCAAAGGAUGUCAAUAAAGCGGUUAUAAGGAAAUUUAAAACGGUUGUCAGGAACAAAACUUUGACAUUACGCUUUCACUGGGCUGGGAAGGGGACAACGGCAACCCCAAGAAGAGGAACAUAUGGCCCUUUGACAUCAGCCAUUCAUUUGGGAAUAACUGUUUUUACCUUUUUACCCCCUUUGUUGAUAGAUUUCAAGCCUCCAGUUCUAAGUGGCUGGAAUAAGAAUAUGAAGUUUGUAGUGGGAGCUAUCGUUUCUGUUCUGUGCCUGAUUUUUGGAAUCUUAGGCAUUCUAUGGUGGCAAGGCUAUUUUCCACGUGAGCCAUCAAGGGAACAGGUCUUGAGGGGGUUAGACCUGCAGGCUGGCUUUUUUACGUUCAAACAGAUGAAAGCUGCUACGAACAACUUUGAUGCUGCAAAUAAAAUUGGAGAAGGUGGUUUUGGAGCUUUCUACAAGGGUGUAUUGCUUGAUGGUACCAUAAUUGCAAUUAAAAAACUUUCUUCAAAAUCAAGACAAGGGGAUCGAGAAUUUCUGAAUGAACUAGCCAUGAUUUCAGGAUUACAACACCCAAAUGUUGUUAGAUUGUAUGGAUGUUGUGUUGAGGGAACUCAGCUGUUGUUGGUAUAUGAAUACAUGGAAAAUAAUAGCCUUGCACGUGCUUUAUUCGGUCCUGAAGAAAGCCAACUGAAAUUGGACUGGCCUACAAGGCAGAAAAUUUGUCUCGGAAUAGCAAAAGGUCUGGCUUUCCUGCACGAGGAAUCGAAUUUAAAAAUUGUACAUAGAGACAUCAAAACUACCAACGUGCUACUAGAUAGCGAUCUAAAUGCUAAAAUCUCCGACUUCGGUUUGGCCAAGUUUGACGUUGAGGAAAAUACCCAUAUUACCACCAGAGUUGUUGGAACUAUAGGACACAUGGCCCCAGAAUAUGCAUUAUGGGGCUAUCUCACCUACAAGGCAGAUGUUUACAGUUUCGGGAUUGUUGCAUUAGAGAUUGUUGCUGGGAAGAACAAUACAAAAUAUCGAUCAGAAGAGGAUUAUGUAUUGCCUACAAGAUUGGGUAAAUAUAUAAUCCAUGUUUCAAGUUAUGAUUUGAGAAUAUCAUAUAAAUAUCCAUAGGUGCAUUAAACUUCUGCGAAUUCAUUAAUGCUUUUCUCCUGUUAAUUAAUUUAAUCUUUAAAGUUAUUUUAUCUCCUCAAUCUAUUCCAGGCUUUUGUUUACAUCAAAGGGGAAACUUGAUGGAGUUGGUGGAUCCACGGUUGGGAACCGAGUUCAAUGAAGAAGAGCAAAU